CCUCCCUGCGCCUCACGACUCUUGCGACUUACAUAAGAAAUGAAGCGGAGCUUAAAACUGCCAUUGUGAAAGCGACAAUGAUGGGCGACCUGCUACUCGUACGGUUGCUGCUACUGAUGCUUUCAACAACUGCCGUGUAUGGGCAGUGUAAUGAAGCUCUUGGACUUGAAAGUGGCAUCGUAGAGGAUAGCCAAAUAACAGCCUCAUCUUCUCCGUAUGUAAACCGCCCGCCGUCUACAGCAAGACUUCGUGGUCAAUAUGGAUGGGUUCCUCGGUCCACAAAAGAUUACUUGAAAAUUGACUUCCUGGACUAUAGGAAGAUAACUGGACUCUCUGUACAGGGAGCCCUCCGCAGAGCGAUAAAAGCGUUGUCGCUUUUCUACAGCUUGGAUGGACUUGUAUGGGAAACAUACAAAGAUAACCAUGGCAACGAAUAUAUUGACGUUUCAUCCGAAUCCUGGUUCGAUGUUGUUAGAACAGAACUGGAUUCGCCAGUUAAAGCGAGAUAUGUUGCCAUCAGCUCGAGAUCUGCCUACUCUGGUGUACGCCUUGAGGUUUAUGGAUGCAACACCUCUGUUGACCAGGGAGACCCUACAGUGAUAAACAGCGAUAUAAGGGGUAACACUAUAUGGACAACACGUGGGAGUCCAUACGUCCUCAGUGUCCAGGUCACUGUUCGCCCUUCUACUCAUCUACAAAUUCAGCCUGGAGUCAUGGUUAUUUUCAAUGCAACCGAUGCUGGUAUCCUCAUUCGUGGUUCACUGACUGCGGCUGGGAUUCAAGGCCUGCCCAUAUCGUUCUGGUCCAGUGACGUUCCUACUGCAGCACAAACUCUUUGGCAAGGUCUUAGAACAGAACAAACAGGUGUAUUUUCCUGCGACUUUUGCACAAUAAGACAUGCCAAAGUGGGUGUAAUGGGGCCACCGGACUCUAUGUCCCUCAACAACACAACAGUUUACUUGAACUCAAAUGGCAUAAUUUUAACAAAUGGAGGUUCUGGAACAAAAUCAUUUCACCGGCUUCAAAUAUCACAAAGUUCGAAUAAUGGUUUAAUCGUAUCUAGUGAUUGGGUAUCACGAAGUGGACUUUUCUUUGAGGGGUGUACUUUUCAACAAAAUGGCAAAAAUGCAUUGUUGCUAUCAAGCCCGUGUGACGUUGAGUUGGUUCGAUGUAACGUUAGAUCCAAUGGAGAUUCAGGAAUAGCAUCCGGAGAUGAAGGUUUUAGGUUGACCGUCAUCGAGAGUAACAUUACGGGGAAUUCCCAGUUUGGCUUAUAUCUGUUUCACUCUGGAUAUGUGAACAUAGAAUCAUCUCAUGUUGACAACAACAGAGUAGGACUAUCGAGAAGUAGUGCUGGGAUAACUUUACUCCAAAACUCAAAAUUCAGAUUCAAUUCAAAUGAAGGAAUUAACAUUGAUAUAAGGUUAAACGGAAUCCUCAAUAUCUCUUCAUGUAUUUUUGAACGCAACAAGCAUGGCCUUCGUGUGAAUGCCUACGUGAACAGAAUCAAUAGUCUUGUGAGAAUUACGGACUGUGAAUUCACAAAGAAUACCUACGCAGGUGUAUAUGUAAAGUCUGAUACGUACAGCCACACUUUUAACAUAUCGCUCACUUACAACAAAUUUCAAGGUGAUGUAACCAAUAGCAAAGCCUAUGCAAUAUAUGUCUCUCUUAGAGAUUUACUCGGAAGCAGGUUUGCUUCUGUAAAUAUCAUAGGCAACAACAUGACAUAUUUUGGAGAUUCCAGCGAUAUAAUUGCGUAUGAAGGUAAUACAUAUUCGAACUAUGCAAAGAUACCUAUCAACGUCUCUGAAAAUAGUUUUGAAGACUCCUUUGGGAGCUACGCAUUGUACCUAUAUGCUGAUGGAGCUGCCAUUGCGCACAAUGUAUUUAGAAAUAGUUCACGUGUAGGUUCUUUGAAACUGACGGGAUCAAACAGCAGAAUAUACAGAAAUGUAUUUGAAACUCCAAACUCAACAUAUGACCUAAUUACAUACGCGCUUUAUGAUGAUCAAACUGUCGUUGAUGCUAGUCGAAACUACUGGGGUAUCACAGACAAAAGGGGAAUCCGUUCACGGAUAUACGAUGUGUAUUAUAACAUCAGCAGAGCUGAGAUACAGAUUGACCCAUACUUCACAUCCAAGUCGAUGGAGAUGACUUCAAGUGGGACGACCAUCUUCACCGACAACGACCCCUCUGACGUUGGAGGCGUGCUGCAGGGUGACGUUCUUCUUCAUCCAGAUCAGAGUCUGGUGGUGAAGAGAACUAUUGUAGUACCUGAAGGAAACACGCUGACCAUCAUGCCAAAUGUCACACUUUCAUUCCAUGGAGCCCAAGGUGUCAUAGUUAAAGGUUCACUGAAAAUUAAUGGAUCAUCAACUGGACUUGUGAUUUUACAAAAUGGCACCAAAAGCAGAUGGGGAGGUGUGAUGCUCACGAGUAGCAAUCUGGAAAUAACCCAUGGAGUACUGAAAGCAGCAAGAACAAUUGCAAGUGUCCGAAAUACAAACUGUUCCGUGUACCUGGCAUUUUCCCUCUCACAUAGCUCUGUUGAAAUUGAUACUCUAACCUUACGAUCUCACCGCGUCAAUGUAACCAUAUCAAAGUCUCAGUUAGUUACAUCAAAGAAUGAUAUAACGUUGUCAACGUGUCCAGGGGCGUCAACAAAGAAUGAAUAUGGAAAUAUUUUAUUGGAGAACUCUGAAUUCACCUCCAGUUUCAGGGCAACCGGGUCUGUUUUUCAUACAGGUGGUAUUUUAUGUGAAUCAGCACAAACCUUGACCACUGUAAUGUUUCUGAACAACACGUUCAACGUAGAAGAGGGGCGCGUAUUCAGGAUAAAAGGUCAAUAUUUAGAUGUUGAAGUGGUUAAUAAUUCCUUUUAUGCUCCAUCAGGAACUGCUAAUAUAGAUCUUAGCGGCGAUGCUCCCAACAGGGUUUUUAUAAGGGAAAACAAUUUUAAUGUUGGGAAUAUGGAACUCAAAUCUCAACAAUCUCUCAAUGAGAAGAUGAAUAUAACCAUGAACGUGUUCAAGUUUUGUCUGCUUAUUUUGAAGACGCCCGAUGUUAUUAUUAGACACAAUGUGUUUGAAACCAAUUUAGUCUACUUUAUAAAAUUCGCCAGUAAGGAUUUCAGAAAUACCGUAAUCAACGCAAGCAACAACUAUUGGGGAAAGGACAAAUUUUCAGAAAUCAAAGUAAAGAUAUAUGACAAGUCUAACGAUGUGGCCUUACCUGAAAUAUCAAUCAUGCCAUUCUUCAAAGAUAGAGAAAUGCUAGAACUUGUGGAGACUACACCUUUUCUCGACUCAAACGGAACAUUAGGUGGGGCUGUUGAUGGAACCUUUACACUAACCAGAGCACAAAGUCCAUACACUGUCCUGAGUAACAUUAUUGUUGGCAGAGAAGACACUCUGAUAAUAGAUGCUGGCGUACAACUUCUGUUUAAAGACAGCGUUGGAAUGCGAGUUGAAGGGAAUCUCUAUGUUAGAGGAUCGAGAGAUAUGCCUGUUCGAUUCCACCCGGCCAACGCAGGUAUACCCUGGGAGGGAGUGAACGUGACAGGACAACCACGGAUCGUACGGUUUGCUGGUGGUACUGAUGAGCGCGAAGGAAGAGUCGAGGUUCUGGUUGGAAGUACAUACAGCACUAUCUGUCAUGAUGACUUUGAUAUCCGUGAUGCAAAUGUGGUUUGCAGAAUGGCAGGCUUUGAUCCUGAAGGUGGUGUGAAGUAUUAUGCUUAUUCAAAAUUUGGAGGUGGUUCAGGGGAAAUCAAAUAUACAGAGUUACACUGUGUGGGCAACGAAUCACAUGUUGACGAGUGUAUCAACAAAAGAACGGGAUGUUAUCAUUUCGAAGAUAUCAGCGUCAGAUGCUUGGGGAAUUAUCUCAAAGCUCCCACCCCUGAUACCCAGCUUGAAUAUCUAGAGAUAAAUGACACACUUGAAGGAAUAGUUUUAGAUGGGAAUAUCACUACAAUAUCAAAUGUGAAGUCCUUCUUCUCAAAGGCCAGUGGCUUUACUCUCUCCGAGUAUGGGACAUCCCUGCCCAUCAUGGUGGGCAUAGAAUCAUCUUUCAAUGGUUUGCAUGGUAUUACUAUACGCGGCAUAAAUAAACACACCAGACUGACUGUGGUUGGUUGUGUGCUAUCUGGAAAUGGAAAGUAUGGGCUAUAUUUAUCAGCAUAUGGCCUCGUAACGCUGAACAACUGUACUGUUGCAGGGAAUCAAAUUGGGAUGGGUUCCGAAUUUUCCUUGUAUUUAGAUAUAGCCUUAACAAACAGUGUUGUGAAAUAUAACAAAAGGUAUGCUAUAUAUCUAUUUUCUGGGUUAAGCGGCGACCAGGGAGAAGUGCGACUGAGUAUCCUGAGAAGCAGUUUGAUAGAACAUGACACACGAUACAAAAACUAUAAAUGGGAGACACGUUUUUACUUCAGAAGCGUUAUCUAUAUGGGGGGAUUUUCCAUCACACCUGGGAGCUUACUAUUUGAAGAAAAUGUAUUUAAUGGCAACAUGGCAGAUGUAUUUGAAUUCGACUAUUACCUUAUCAAAGCACGAAUGUCAUUGUUCAUUGCUAACAAUACCUAUAUUAAUAACACAGGCCAGAUUCUCAGUAUAAAAUUAAACAGUUACGAAGGAAAUAAUGUAAAUAUAACAACAAAUAUAUUCAACAAUAACAAAGCCUUUAAAAGUAGUGCUCCUAUGAUAGGAAUAACUGAUAUACAACCCCAUUCAGUGAUAGACAUCUCUGGAAACAUGUUCAUGAACAAUAGUGCUUCAAGUAUAAUUCAUAUGCCAAAAGAUGACAGUACAUUUUCAAACAUUAAAAUCCAUAACAAUUCAAUGGUUCACAACCAAGUUACCAAUGUCCUUCUUAUUGAAAUAUACGAAACAGAGAUUCACAACAAUUCCUUCUUCAAUCCAACUGCAUUGUGUGAGCUUAAGGUGGCCCCAUUCAAGAAAGAUCGCGAGCAUGAUGCUAGAUGGAACUUUUGGGGAUUCACUGAACUCUCACAAAUCAAAGACAGAAUAUGUGGAUUUGACGUCAAUAUGGAGUUAGGAUUUGUGUCGUACAUACCUUAUUUAUUAUCUAAUACAACCAUGUCUGAGGCCAGAGUGCGGCCGACUGAUUUCUUUGAGAUGGGAGCAGUUGGUGGGGUUGUGGAGGAGGAGUUAACUCUGGACGGACGGUCCGAACCAUACAUCAUCGAGAGGUCAAUAAUGAUCAGAAGAGGAGGAAAACUUGCUAUUCACGCUGGAGUUAAGCUUCUCUUCAUGAAAAAGAGAGGCAUUUAUACCUCUGGAUCUGUAGAGACCCUAUCAUCCAGCUCAGAGAGAAUUGUCCUCGGGAAUCAUACUGAUGACCCCUGGCAUGGAAUCGUUUUUGCUCACACAUCAGGGAUCAUUUUACGAAAUGUCAAUAUAACUGGAUCACUUUAUGGCUUGGUGACCUAUACAGACAACAUGACACUGUCUGACUGCAGUAUCGCUCACACAGGGAGAUCUGGGAUGACGAUUGGGUCUGGUGUAACAAUGGUGAACCUGGGGCGAACUGCUAUUAUUAAAAGUAAAAGCUAUGGUAUCAUGAUCCACUCAAAUGCAUUACUGUUACGUAAUGGAUUUGUGCACAACAAUGCCUUGAGCGGAAUUUACCAUAAUGGCGAAACAGGAAGUAUUUUCCUGGAGGAAAUGGAAAUAUUCAACAAUGGGGAAUAUGGUGUUUACGUGAACAUGGACUCUUUCAGUGGAAAUCAUCAUAUUAGGCUAAGUAACAGCUUUCUUCAUGAUCAUAAUAACAAGCCUGCAAUUCGCCUGAUAUCAUCAAGAUACUAUGACGGCUACUCAAACAUAACAGUGGGCGAUUGCAUCUUCGACAACAAUUAUGGAUCAGCUCAAAUUUCAGCAGUUGGAGACGCUCACUGGAAUGACAGAAAAAAAGUUAUUAUGAGUUCAAAUACGUUCAGAGGUCAUUCCACUGUUGCAAUUGUCACCACCGGUUUUAGUGAGGUAUUGGUUACGGACAACAGGGCAAACAAUGCCACGUCAUAUUCAAAAUGUUUAUUUGAAAUAGACUUGAAGACGGGAUCAUGGAGCAGUCAAACUUUAGCAUUAUCAGUCAGAUCCAACCUAAUCAGUCAUGUAUCUGGUCUGUGCGCAUUUUCUUUAUCAGCGUUUAAAAUCUCAAGUGGAUCCUUCUUGUUUAACCAGAUAUCACAAUCAACUUUUACUGAAGGGACACUCAUUCUUAAUCUAGAAAAUUAUACAUUAUCUGAGAACAUUUUCGAUAAUCCAAGUUCUGACUAUGAGUUGAAAGUUACUAAACUUGGCAGUGGCUAUAUAAAUGCUACACAUAACUGGUGGGGGACGACUGACGAAGUUUUGGUCGAAGAUAAAAUUGUGGAACGAUCUGCUGAUCCAAGGCUCUUGAAUGUGAUACAUCUACCAAUAUCAGUAAACCAGGCAUUUGACUGUUCACAAGUGAGCAAUUGCAGUGGCAAAGGAGAAUGUGUUCGACCAAAUGGAUGUAGCUGUCUCAGUGGAUGGAAGGGGACGGACUGUACUGAGUUUGACUGUUCAGACCUCAGUGAAUGUAAUGGUGGAAGGUGUGUCGGACCCAACCUCUGCGAGUGUGCUGAUGGAUGGACUGGGAACGCGUGUGCUGUUGCUACCUGCUACCUGACCAAUAACUGUUCUGGGAGAGGGUUCUGUGGAGAGCCGGAUGAAUGCACUUGUCUUUCCCAGUACAGAGGAACAUCAUGUGAGUCCUGUGCACCAAACACAUGGGGUCGAAACUGUGCACCAUGUCCUAAGUGUCUACAUGGCUCAUGUGAUACACAAACAGGAACCUGUAUUUGUGAGAGUUCUAAUUGGACUGGCAACCUCUGUGCCCAAUGCAGUGAAACAUUCUACGGACCAGAUUGCCUGCCUCUGCCAACUGUACUGAGCGUGUCCCCUGAUGCAGGACCAGACGUGGGAGGAACGCCUGUCCAUAUAAGGGGACAUAACUUCAAGUUCUCAAACACCAGCAACUACAAAUGCAAGUUUGGAGCAGUAACCGUAGCUGCAACGAGGAUUAGCAGACAACAUUUCACGUGUACUCCACCUAAACUAAGCCAAAGAACAGUACAUGUUGAGAUAAGUUCAGACGGAGUGCACUUCACAAGCAAUAAGGUUUCUUACACAUUUGUUGUGCAAUGUCCAACAACGGCUUGUGGCAGUACAGACAGUCCACCUCAUGGUCAAUGCCUGUUUGGACAAUGCACAUGUACUCUCCCUUGGACAGGGGAUUCAUGUUCGGUAGAGGCCGUACCGCCAGUUGUCAGUGCCAUAAAUGACUCACAGUUGACUGAGGGCCAGACCUACAAGCAAAUGAUGUCUCUUGUGCAGGGUAGCCAUACAAUUCGCUGGAAAUUGAUUUCAUCUCCGCUGGGAAUGACGAUCGAUCAGGACACUGGAAACAUUACUUGGAUCUCUGUCAACGGUAGAUCUACUCCGUAUGUCAUCAAAGUUCGAGCACAGAAUAUUGUUGGGCACGACGAUGUCCAGUGGUUGUUGUCAAUUCCACUGUCCUACAGUGCUGUUGUUGACAGUCUGACCCCCUCUGGGACUUUGGCAUACCCAACACAGAUCCUUAUAUCUGGACAUCUUGAUGUGUCUGGAAGCACCUGGAAUCUCACUUCAGCAGUAAUUAAAGUCCAGAUUAGAAAUAAAGAGCUUACACGUGACCUAGAGACCCAUGCUGAGGACACAUCACCUUUCCUGUUUGACGUCAUCUAUUAUCCCCAGCCAGACGACAGUGGCGAAUUCAGUGUGAGCGCAAGUCAUCCAGCUGAUACCGAGUUUCCGGAGCAAAAGAAGUGGCGAGUCCAGAGCAUGAUCUGUGAUCCUAAGGUUGUGUCACUUACAGCUUACCUUGACACGCCAACAGCCACAUUUCCUGCGGUUGCAAAUCUUACAAAUAAUGGCUUCGGCUCACUGGAUAACAUUUCUGCGACGAUUGAGAGUUAUUCCUACAGUGUUGAUUCUGCAUGGGUGUACUUCGGUGUACAACGCACAAGUAAUAUCACAGUGUUGGCUUCAUUGUCAAGUGUACCAUUUGAUCUCACCAUUGAACAGAAGCUGCCCUUACAAACAGAGUUGUAUGUAGUGGUACGCAGUGUGCGGGGCACGAGGACAGUAUUAAGAGUGCAACUAAAUCUGAAAAUACGACGACCCCUUCUCAAGUUAUCUCCAUCUAACAUCAAGACAGCUGCUGCAAGAGGAAAACAAACAAUUAUCAACAUUAAUGUUACAAACACCGGUGAAGCAACAGCUAGAGAUGUCAAUGUUCAAAUUCCCAGUGGAUUACUUUUGAAAGUGGCAGCCAUAUCUAAGCGACGUUCUUCUUCCUCUGAGAGGAUGGAUCUAGAACCAGGAGAAACAGCGACAGUGGUUUUGGUCUACACUGUGCCCUUGGACAGACAGCUAGGUGAAACGGAUGGUAGCUUGUUGAUCACCUCUAACGACACUUCGUCUACGCUGACAUUUACAUUCUAUAUAACUUCUGAUGACCGCCAUGACAUCCAGGUGAUUGUGGAGGAUGAGUACACCUACUUUGCAGCCGAUAAACCACUGUUAGCUGAGGCCGUGGUGACCCUGACACAGCCACGGAGAAUGUUUAGCAAGACUUUCAUCACAAAUGAAACAGGCAUUUCAAACUUUGAUGGGAUCCAUGCAGACCGGUAUACACUGCAAGUUGAAGCAGCCAACCACACAUCAAAGUCUGUCAUCAUCGUUGUGGACGGCAGUACCUCGACAUACAGAGUCUUUUUACAACGUACAGCAGUAACAUACACGUGGUCUGUCACAAAGACAACCUUCGAGGACAAGUACACCAUUACACUAGAGUCAACAUUUGAAACAAGGGUUCCUAUGCCUGUUGUCACCGUAGAACCUGCUUCUGUCAACUUCAUUCCGUACGAAGAAGGACGGUUAACGAGAAUGGUGUUCACUCUGACCAACCAUGGCUUUAUCCGUGCAGACAAUGUGAGGUUUUCACUACCAAACCAUCCAACUUUACGCUUUGUGCAGGUUGUCGACCCGCUCGGAAAUUUGGAUGCGAACACGAGCAUAAUUGUCCCUAUCGAUGUGCUGCCAAAGAAGAUAAACAAACGUUCCUCAUCAACAGUGUGUGGUUUUAUUGUGCUCUAUGACUAUACGUGUGGAUCAGUAAGAACAAAUAGUGCGUCCGUGAGAUUAACACGACAGUAUCCAGGUCAGCCUCCUGCAUCAUGUGGUGGUGGAAGGGGUCGCAGAAUAAUAGGACAAGGGUCUGGAGGAGGUUGGUACCGUCUUCGUGGGUAUGUUGGCACCAAUGUACCCUGUGACUGUAUAAAGGGGCUCAUCGACAACUGCUAUAAACCACUUCUUCGACUACCUUUUGAGCUGAUACCAGGAGUUGGGUGCUUAUUGGAUAUUUAUGACAUCUCUAAAAUCGACAAGUCAUCAUCUGCAGUCUCUGUUGCCACAACAGUAGCAAGUUUUGCCCUAGAUUGUGGAUUUGGGCUUUCGUGUCCCGUCUGUCCCUUUCUUUUUAAAUAUCUCAACUGCCUUGAUGGUCUCUCACGAACUUGUAAGAGAAGUGGACGAAGGCGGCGAGAGGUCAACUCCGAGCUUGUGCUUGAAGUGGAGAGGUCCAGAAACUAUCUCAAGAACUUUGUUGAUGUUUCAGUUGAGAUAUUCGGUAAUCUCAGUGUUGUUGACAUUAAAGGCGAGUGGAAACAGGCCUUCUUUAAAGGAGUGUCCGAAAACAGCCCGUCACAGUACCUCCUGGAUUCCAGUGAGGUUGACAUCAUAUUACUUUUGGUGGUUGAAGACGAUCAAACUAUUUUAAAUACAUUUCUACAACGAUGGAACAACACAUUUUCUUCGUGGAUAGACGGAAGAUCAGGUCCGCCACAAUCAAAUGUUAUGUCACUGAAAGAUGUGAGGACCCUUGGAGUCACCUUCAUUGAAAAUACAAGGACCGUUAAAGAGAGAGGAUUUUCAAGUGUUUUCCAAUAUUUUGGUUACAUAAUGACAGAAUACAAGAAGAAUGUCCAAGAGGCAAAACCAGAAGAAGGAAUUUGCGCUAAAGUACGAAUACGGAUUACACAGGACCUUGUCUUGACCAGGGAUGCUUUCCAGGCUCGAUUAGAAAUAGAAAAUGGCGAAGAAGGAUCUCUGGAAAAAAUUGAUGUGGACAUUUUCAUAACUAGAACAGGGGGAAAUGGAUCUCUUGAAAAUAACCUUUCCUCUAUUGGUCAGCCAAAGUUAGAGGGAAUCAGUGACGUGUCUGGAACUGGAACAUUAGCCACCGGGGUCAAGGGUUCAGCUGACUGGUUCAUUGUAGCUUACACAGGUGCAGCUGUGGAUGAGGAUGUCAACUAUGAUGUUGGAGGAACUCUAUCAUAUUUUGUGGCUGACAAGGAAUUCAACGUCCCGCUUCUACCAGACACAAUAACUGUGACGCCAAAUCCAAGUCUAACACUUGCCUACUUCCAUGAAAAGUAUGUGCAAGGCGAUGACCCCAUGACGACCCAAGUGGAACCCGUGGUUCCGUUCCCCCUUGCAGUAAUGGUAACUAAUAAGGGUAAUGGGAUUGCACGACAAGUAAAGAUAUCCUCUGGGCAACCAGAAAUCAUAGAAAAUGAAAAAGGAUUGCUUGUGUCGUUUAAAAUCACCAGGGCACAACUAGGGAUGGAAUCCAUUCAACCAUCACUAACUGUUGACUUUGGUGACAUCGUCAGCCACGAGACCAAAACAGCUCGAUGGUGGAUGACGUCAACACUUAAGGGCAGGUUUUACAACUAUUCGGCCACAUUUGAAAAUAUAAAUCCACUGGGUGAUCCCCAGCUGUCUGUGUUUGAUUCUAUAUCUUACCAUGACAUGAUUCAUCAGGUUAGAAUUGAUAGCAUAGGUGCAGAUGGCUUGGAUGAUUUUCUUGUCAAUGACGUUGUUGACAAGGACAAUCUCCCCGACAGACUCUAUGACAGCUCUAAUGGGUUUUAUUCAUAUCCAGUAGAUUCUGUAUCAGCAAUUGGAUUUUCUCAAACAAAGGAGGAGUUCAGAGGAAGGAAGAAAUAUGUGUAUGUUGAGAUCUUGGUUCCACAAGUGAAUGAGUCGUGGGUAUAUGCUCGGGUCAUCAAUAACAUAACGCGAGAUUUGUCAUCAGAAUCACUGCUUAAAGUUACUAAAGAUGAUGGUAAGAAUAUACUUAUUCCUCAGAAUUCCUGGCUUACUUCUUAUUAUGAGAACAAAUUUUACUUCCAUCUGUUUGACAACAAUAACCACCAGUCUAACGUAUCUGUUUAUAAUGCUGUGUUUGGUCCGAAAAAUAUAUAUCCACCAGUAUUUCAAAAUAUACCACACACUUUAGAAAUAUCACCCCGUGAGCCAAACAGUGAUAUCCUGACCGCGAAAGCAACAGAUCUAGACAUGAAUAAUGUAUCAUACAGCAUUGAAAAUGGUAAAACAUUUUCUGUUGAUGGGCAAUCCGGGGUUGUUAGAAAUAUAGUUCCUCUAAUAGACGGGGACAGCUUCAACAUCACAAUUCUUGCAUUCGACAAUGGUAUUCCUAUUAAUUCAGCAAGUACGAACAUAACAAUUACGGUAUCUACAUUAGUAUCUACAGAGAACACACCUUCUAUCACCAUGACUAAAGAUAUAACAUCGAAAACAGCUCCUACUAUGCCAUCAGUUUCUAACUACACAAGCGGCCUUACUCCUGCUUCACCCACACACAUUUCUCGUGAAGAAACAUCAUCAUUAUCAACAUCAACACCAUUCACUACUGGCACAAACAUUGCUUCCACACCAGACUCACCUGUGGCAGGGCGUGGUGUGAUUCCUGCCGCCAUGUCCUUGUUACUUGGAGCCUCGCUCUUGGCUUCAUUUUCAGUUCCUAUUUAAUUGUUAACUCGAUGUUGUCAUUCCAUUUACGUUUUGUUUUGCAUCAAUGUUUCUAGAAAUAUGUCAACAUGAGAGCCUUCGAAAAUAAAUGAAAUUAAAACGUAUCUGUCUAUUGCAAUGAAAAGUGGACAGAUAUUAAUUUGGUAGACAUAGAUAUUAUCAAGCUAUUAUCAUUUCAGUUUAUUCCUAUCAUACGACAGCUGCUGGCUGGAGUAGCGCUUCUAAUCUCUUCUGACAUCGUAAAUUUUCAGUGUGUGAUGACUUUGUACAUAUUUAUGUUUACAUUUUAUUUUUAUUUUAUCUUCUUACUACUCUAACAAAAACACAUUAAAUGUGUGGCGUACGUAUAUAUUAUUUCUACUGUAGGUGUAUACAUAGGUAUAUAUGACUAUGUUCGAAUGCUUAAGUGGACAGAAACGAGCAGAAAUAACACAACCACAGAGAACGGUUACCGUUGAAAGGUAUCAAACAGCUGUACGUUUGUGGGUGCAGUAUGAAGUGGGUGCCUGUGGGUUCCGACGUACGCUCAAAUUUCCUCGUAACAGUCCCACGUGACGACAUCACGCUGAAGUUCUGCAACGGUGUAAUUGACAUUGUUUGAACCCAUUCGUGUAGCGGAUCCUGUCCAGUGAUGAGGUGCGGUGUCCACUGCAAAGGACAGAUGAUAGAGCAAGGAUGAGCAGACCCGAGCAUACACGACAUGACCAAAGGUACACCCUCACUGAGUACAAAAGGCUUGUCAUCUUGUUGAUGAGUGUGGUCAUGUGUUCAGCAAUCAUUAUGUUUCUAAGGAGCAUUGCCCGUGGUGGGCACAUCCUGUAUUGAACUUAUGCUCAACCUGAUGAGGAAACAUAAGCUGGAACGUGGGUGUACACAUCCUCAUUAUGUUUGUAUAUAUUUUACGAUGUGUGUUUGAAGAGUAUAUUUAUGUGGAUAAUACGUUGUCACAGCUGCGUACAACUUCGUAUACUAGUAAAACACUGUGCUUUUGGUUAACUCAUGUCCAUUGCCGAAAAUUUUGGAUUGUUUAUUAUUAAUUUCAUCAUGUAAAUAAGAAUGGGAUAGCGCAUUAUUUUACCCGUUUUAAUACAUAUUAACUUGUGUUGUGUUUGUUGGACAAUUUCAUUCGUAUUUGAAGUGUAAACAUAGUAAUACUUUCAUAUAUCAAUGUCAAUUGGAUUUAUCCUACAUUUACAAUGUCCUACCGGGUCUUGAUCCCCCCUGAUAUAAGCCACAACCAUAUUAUUUGAUACUGAAACACGUUUCAGUAUGUAUUUUAUUUUGCACAUCUCAUGAUGUUUGAGGGGGCACGGAUGGCCCAGUCGUCUCAGGCACCACGAUUCGCUGUGCAAAAUUGCGUCCCUUGGGCACGCCAGAAACCUAUGAUUGUGGGUUCGAAUCCCUGUUCGCCCCGAUUAUGUUUCUAGGUUUGUCAGCACCAUACCCGUGCUCGUGGGUUUCACCGAAGUGGUAAAUGUCUGAGACCUGUAUCACUUCGGGCUUUCCUCCCACAUUAAGCUGACACGCCAUGAUGUAACUGAAAUAAUGUUAAAAGCGGCGUUAAACCCACUCACUCACUCACUCAUAAUGUUUGAUGUGACGUACCUUUGAUGUGAUUUUGUAUUUUGUAUGGGGACUAGUUAUUUUUCAGCUUCAGCUGACGCCUAAAUAUGUAUGUUUUUUUAAACUCCUAGCAUUAAUGUAAUCUUUGUGGCAGACACUUUUCUUCGCAAAAGUCUGAAGCAUAAUAACAUUUUUCUGGGACAAUUUUAUAAUAUAAUCCCAGUCCCACCCUCCUCCCGAAUAUCAAAUGGCUGGCCCCUAACAUACAACAACAUGGACAAAUACUGUUAACAAGCAUAUAUGAAUUUGUUGUAAUUUGGUGUAAGGGAAUAUAGUGGAAUCCUUCCAAUUUCCUUGACCUUAUUGGUCAUCAUUUUGUAUAGGAAAUUAAAAGAGAAAUCAUUGUUGAAGAGGAUUAUUUUUUUUUCUUUCUGAGUUAUGAUGCUGCCAUAAUAGAUGUUGGUUUACAGUUUUGAUUGAGUGUUGUUGCUUCAUUUGCCUGAACUUGAUUUAAUAAACGCUUUGAUUUAU